AUGCCGAUUAACUUCAAAGGAAUCAAGGAAAUGAUGACGGUAUCAUUGAGCUUCGGCCUUGCCGUAAAGUCUUUCCAGCUAAUCAUCAUCGUCCUUGAAGUUCCGGCUCAACAUGCCUGUCAGGAUGUCACUGCUAGUGUCAAGAUCUAG